AUGUUUAAUCACUCGAUGUUGUUGAUUGUACAUUUGUACGCCAACAUCAGUAAGGGUCCACGUUACAUAGUUCAAAAUUCCAUUGAUAAGUUUUAACACUUGAAGAUUAAUUGCGCUCUUGAGUGGUCGUAGAAAUUAUUGCUAUUUAAAAUAAAAAAUGGAUAAUUUUGUUUCUGUUGAUGAUUUUGAAAAAUCAGCGCUUCAAAUUUUGCCAAAAGCGAUUAAAGAUUACUACGCAAGUGGUGCGGGAAAAGAAUUUACGCUUGAGUGGAACAAAGAUGCGUUUAAAAAAUACAAAAUUCGCCCGAAAGUCUUGACAAAUGUUUUGAAGUGUAAGAUAAGUGUGGGGAUUCUUGGGGAAGAAAUAUCGAUGCCGUUGGGAAUAGCCCCGACGGCUAUGCAGGGAAUGGCUCACCCAGAUGGCGAAUGUGCUACUGCUAAAGCUGCCGAGCACAUGAAAACAAUAUAUAUCCAGUCAACAAUAUCGACAAACAGCAUUGAAGAAAUAUCAAAAGCAGCGCCUAACGCGAUAAAAUGGUUUCAACUCUACGUAUUCAGCAAUCGCCAAGUGACCAUUAAUCUAAUUAGACGCGUGGAAAGAGCAGGUUACAAGGCUAUUGUUCUCACUGUUGAUACCCCAUUUUUCGGAGUAAGACGCCGAGACGUUAAAAACAGAUUCGCUUUGCCGAGACACUUGAAACUGGCGAAUUUCGACGGUCACUUGUCUUCAAAAAUUAACUCUGCGGACUCUGGCUCCGGGUUGAAUGAGUAUGCCGUCGAUCAGUUCGACCGCUCACUGUCUUGGGACGAUAUCGACUGGCUCCAAAGUAUCACUAACUUGCCGAUUAUUUUGAAAGGAAUUUUAAGAGCCGAUGACGCUCUUGCAGCUGUCAAAAAAAGAGUCCAAGGGAUCAUAGUCUCUAAUCAUGGAGCUCGGCAACUUGAUACCGUCCCUGCGUCGAUAGAGGCACUACCUGAAAUAGUUAAAGCAGUUGGUGAUAAGAUAGACGUUUAUUUAGAUAGCGGGAUUAGACAAGGGACUGAUGUAUUCAAAGCCUUAGCUUUGGGUGCUAAAAUGGUAUUCUUCGGAAGACCAAUAUUGUGGGGCUUAACCCACGGAGGAGAAGAAGGAGCCAUAGCAAUCCUGAAACUGAUGAAACAAGAAAUCAAGCAGACGCUAGCUCUAGCAGGUUGCCGAUCAGUAGAUGAAGUAACUGCUGAUAUGAUAGUUCAUGAGUCACAUUACAGCCGUCUGUAAAUAACUUCUUGCGACUAAUUAUGCCUCCGAUCUUCGGUUUUAAAUUGAUGAAAAUUACAAUUACAAUUACGGGUUUAUAAAUAAAAGUAAACAAGAAGUUAAUAUCUUUACAACA